CGAUGCUUGCAAAAACUGAAAGUGAAAUGAGGAAGGCUGGUUGAGCAAUCGGCCCAGGGCGAUGCCAGGACAGCAAGGCCAGCGAUGCCGAGGGGCAGAGGGGAGAGGAUGCAGGCGAGGGCUCCUGGGGGGCCACCCUAGCGGCUGCUCUGAACUCAGACCGUCCACAGACACCGAGAACAGGAAAUGACCCGUUCCCUGUGGUCACUUAGGCUAAAGGACCUAACCUUCAAAGCCCAGGCGUGGGAUGGAUGACUCCACGGAAAGGAAGCGGGCGCGCCUCUCUCCUUGCUUUGAGAACAGGGAAGCAAUGAAAGGCCAGGGUGUCCCCAUCCUCAACCAGAAGGAAAGCCCCUCUGCCCUGCUCUCCCCAGAUGGAAAGCUGCUGGCCGGGACCCUGCUGCUGGCCCUGCUGUCUUGCUGCCUCACCGGGGUGUCUUUCUACCAGCUGGCUGUCCUGCAAGCGGAGCUGGGGAGCCUCCGGGCAGAACUGCAGGCCCCCCUUGCAGAUGCGCAGCCAGAACCUCCCCAGGCAGCGACAGCAGCCCCCAGGGCAACUCUGACGGAGACCCCAGCUGUCACCCCAGCUCAGAAAGGGAGCCUUGCACCGCCUAGCAACGCCAGCUCUGGCAGCAGGAGGAAGCGCACUGCUCUGGGUCCCGAAGAAGCAGUCAUCCAAGACUGCUUGCAACUGAUCGCAGACAGCGGCACGCCUGCUAUUCGUAAAGGCCCGUACACCUUCGUGCCCUGGCUGCUCAGCUUCAAGCGCGGCACGGCCCUGGAGGAGCGCGAGAACAAGAUCCUGGUGAAGCAGACCGGCUACUUCUUCAUUUACGGUCAGGUGCUGUACACGGACGAGACCUUCGCCAUGGGCCACCUGAUCCAGAGGAAGAAGGUCCACGUCUUCGGGGACGAGCUGAGCCUGGUGACGCUGUUCCGCUGCAUCCAGAACAUGCCCGCCGAGGUGCCCAACAACUCCUGCUACUCGGCGGGCAUCGCAAAGCUGGAAGAAGGAGAUGAGCUCCAACUCGCAAUACCACGAGAAGGUGCUAAAAUAUCUCAGGAUGGAGACGGCACAUUUUUUGGUGCGCUGAAGCUGCUGUGACCUACUUACACCUCAUCUGUGGCUAUUUUCCUCCGUUUCUCUGUACCUCUAAGGAGAAAACAUUUAACUGGAAAUACCAAAAGGAAAAAAAAAAAUGUCAUUACCGUAGCCUUUUCUGAGAGCUGUUUGUUUUGGUUUGCUCAAACAAGACCAAAACAGGAAACUUACCAGGCAACCCCAGCCAAAGGGUGUCAUGUGAAUUACAAGAAAUAGGGUCCAUGCGGGGAACGGCCAGAGGAGCCUCCUCACUCUCACGCCGCGCUGAGCCGUUCGGGCACAGCUUCCCAUUUUGGGGGACGCACAAGAUUCAAAGGGACAGUAAUCAUUUCUUCAAAAACGGUAUUCCACCAGUUCCCAUAGGACAAGGGCCCCCCCAUAGGACGUUCAAAUACUUGUGGGAAGUCUCAGGACUUAUCCCACGUUUUUAUGGUAAACACACCUUUCUCCUUUCUCAGUUAAUGAUGUGGAAAAAAGUGAAAAAGUUACAGGAUCUUGCAUCUGGCCCAUAAAAGGUAAAUUAAAUUCAACUUUAUCAUAUUAGAUGGUGAGAAAGCAGGAGGUAGAUAAUAUUUAAGUCUUUUUGGUUUAAGUUUGCAAUUUUAUCUCUAAUUUUAUAUAUUGUUGGAUGCCCAGACAUUUUUUCCACAGAAGGGAGCUAAUUCUCUCACGUAUCUCUGCUUAUAUGUAGAUUCGAUCGCUCACUUCACUCACUUCAAAAAGUUUUCACGUAGGGUGACUCCAAUGCAAGCCUAGAAGCGUGAACUGGAAAUAAUGAUAAUUGCUUUCCUUAAAAAAGUCUCUCCUACCAGUUAUAAUGUCAUUUCCCUUUAUUUCCUGUCCUUUCGUUUUUAACUGCUGCUAUUCUAGUUCCAGCCUUUGCAAGUACUCAUGAGAGCGGCUUUACAGAAGUUGGGGCUUCAUUCAGGUUCUUGACAUCCUGAAAUGUCCCAGGCCACCUGCUUGUGGCAGAGCCCGCGGCGCCCGCCGGCGGCCUCGCUUUCCGUCUGUGGAGCCUGUGGUGGCCCUCGCGGGAAUCCCUGCCGUGUCUAUAACAUCCCCUGUGCUGCUUGUCUCUCCUUUAUGUCAUGAAAGUGGAAAGAGUUUACUUCCUUACACAAUGUAUUGUAUUAGUUUCUACAGGAAACGGGAGAGUGACCCUGGCCCACGUUCAUUUUCCUUAGUCUUUUUUUUUCAAAGCAGAAAAUGAUUUGUAGUUCGUGUCUGCUAUUAAACUUUGUUUAAGACUCUUGAUUUUUAUC